GUUAAACAUUUUUGGUUGCUAAACGACAGUAGUGCACAUGAGAUCCGUACAUCGAAAAGAGACGCGAAAAAUAAGAUUCUGAGUAAAAUUAGAGCUCAAACACUGUAGCGUUGACACGCAAUAUCGAGAAACGCCGACAUCAGGAAACAACAUCUACAUCUUGGGAACUUCUUAAAACCCCCUGCCAGUUUCAAUGCUCUUUAGUUACUGAUGUCAGGAUAUGUAAACAUGGACACCUCUAGAUCUAGAGGCAUAUGUUUUUUUAUUGUAGAAAAAUAAUCGGACAGUACAGAUUAUACCUGCUUUGCUCAUCUGAGAAAGUGUUAUGGUUCUAUUGUUGCUCAUAAGACGCACUGUGAUAGGGGAUAGAAGAAUAAACAUAGGCAAUCACAAAGGCUAUGAUGUCUGUAGUAGCUGGUGAACUGGUCACUGAAGAAGAGGUGGAGGAUCUGGCAGAGGACAAUUUCUGUAGUAGCUACGUGUCCGACACUGAAAAGAAGUCAAGGAAAAAUAAAGUAUCUGGCAGACCACCUCCUUCUCCUAAGUCACCAUACCUGAAAAGUGCAAACUUGCAUCUGAAGAGAAGUCCAUCAGUCCAUCAGAAGACAGUGAGAAGGACACAGCUCCAUAACUGUGAAACCCCUCCGACUGGCACACCCAGAGACGUCUGGUUGCACUUACAGAAUGAUGGACAUGGGACAUUGCCAAAGUCUCCAAAGGGAGCCGAUUACAGCGUCGCACAGACCAGCAUCUCACAGAGCAGCACACCUGAAUACUUGAAGGAGGCCUUUGGAAUGAAAAAGCCAAAAUACUCUCGCUCGGCAUCUAAUGGUUAUGUUCCAGGAACCCCAGACUACAAAGAGAAGGAGGAUAUGUACAAUGAAAUAAUUGAUCUAAAAAAGACCAUCCAAGUCCAAAAGGCUGAAUCUGACAAGAUGAAAGCCAAGCUGCGGCGUCUUGAAGAGGACAACACUAAGAAAGACAGACAGAUCGAACAACUGCUGGAUCCAGCUAAGGACCCAGAGUACGCUAGGGGUUUAGUAGACAAGAAGACUGAUCAUAGAUCGAUCAUUAAUGGACUGAAACGGAGGAUUCUGCGACUGGAGCAGCAGUGCAAAGAAAAAGAGAAUACCUUGAGUCAGCUUCAGAGUGACCUUAAAACCACUAACAUGCAGGAAAUGCAGAUCACUGUAGAAACCUACUAUGAGGAGGUUCACAGGUUGCGAGCAUUGUUAGAGUCAACAGAGAAAAGUAAUAAGGCAAUGAGCAAAGAAAGCAGGCGGCAAAACAAAGUCCUCAGUGCGACAGUUCUGAAGCUCACAAAGGCAGUCAAACAGCUGGAGGAUGAGAACCAGGAACUUAAAAAGGAAUUGGUACAUGAAGAGAUCGGCAUGAUGGAGAGUGCUGCAUGCCGGGCCAAGGGUUAUCUGGAUUGGAGUAAACAGAGGCUGGUGCGACAAAUCCUGGACCUUGAAAAGAGAGUUGAGCAAAGGAGGAAUCUUCAGGUUACCAAAGCAUCAGACUCACAGAAGAACCCAGAGGAAAACAUCACUGGGUCAGAAUCGGCCAAUCAGAGCAAUUCUGUUGACACCGAAAUGGAUCCAUCAGUGACUACUGAGAAUGAUGUGCAUUUUAGGGGAACAGUUAAGAAACUUGUAGAGGACAAAAAGGAUCUAAAGAAAAAACUAAGCCAGCAAGAUGAGGAGAUAAAGCAAUUAUCUGCUGAGAAGAACAAAAGGAUGAAAGAGGUUGAAAAAGUGCUGAAAGAGCAAAUCAGGGAGCAUGAAAGUCUAAUGCAAACACACAGGCAGGAGAUGGGGGCACUGAUUGUAGAAAUCAGCUGUUUAAAGGAGAAACUCGAGGAGGAGAGAAAACUUCGAUUACAAGAUCACAGUCAGGUUCCAGACAGUUCAUUGUCAUUAACACACACCGAACCAACGUCAUCAUCAGUGUUGGUACCAAAACAGAGUCUGGAGCAGAUGGAGAACAAAGCAGCUAAGAUCAUCCAGACACACUGGCGCUUACAUCAAACACAGGAUCUGGUUCUCUUGCAGUCCUGUCUCAGAGGGCAUCUAACCAGGCAGGGGCAGUUGGAUAAACAGAGCCAAUUAGGUUUGAACACUCAGGCUGUACAGGAAGAGGAAGUGACCCUGCUGCAAUCUGUGUUUAGGGCUCAUCUCAAACGUAGCACUCUGAAGAUGGAAAGGUCAUCUACAGUGACAGAAUCCGUUUUUUCCAUACGUCAGAAACAUUUUUAUCCCUCCACUCCUCCACUGCUGUCCAGGUGGUCUUCAGAUGCCACAUUAAGGAACAAAACACAAACCUCAGGUGUGACUCAGAUGGAUAGUGAGGAGAUUACAGAAGAACUCAACCCUGCUUCUAAUGAUGCGCUAUUCCACCAACAAUCAAUGCCAGCCGACACGAAGAUCGACCAACAGCUAUCAACCACAGAAAUUCCAAAGACAGUCGAUUCGGAUGACUCUGAUGACAUCAUUGUAUCUCCUUCAAAGCCAGUGAGAAAAAGAGAAUUAAGUCCGUUCAACCCCCAAUGACUUGAUUUAAAUUAGUUGUUUUUCUAAUUGAAUCCCAAAGGGUUUAGGAAAGCUGUUUCUUAACAUUUCUUAUCUAGAUCAGGCCUCAGCAAUUCACAUGGUAUGUUCUUUUAUGUGGGCUUUUUGGAUUGUUAAUCAUUAUUACAGUAACCUAUUUCUAUUGAUUAUUCAGCUAAGAUCACAUUGUUUUGACUUCUAGAAACCAAGCCUUCAAAUAAGGGAUGAAUUUGUCUUCACACUUCAAAGUGCCUUGCAUUGAACAUAAAUCUUUAAUUGAAUGAGGAUCAGGGAUUCAAUUUUUUUAAUUUCUCCUCACUGAAGAUCAAUUAAAAAUACACAUUACGUUAAACUUGAUGAACAGCAUAUCUUAUAAAGAAUAUCUAAGCCAUUGUGUGCAUUUAGAGUACACCUCCGAUUGAGACAAAUUCCAGGUACUGUGAAGCUCCACUAAUGUGGAUAAUGUAUAUAACAUAUUGCUGAAUUUAUGAAGUUUUAAUUUAACUUUAACCUCCCAGUUUGUAAUACUGUUUCAAUUAAAUGUUGACCGUGUGUAUCAGAGUUAGUCAUUAUAGACAUUCUGUAUCUAGCUAAUAAUGAACAUAUAGCACUGAAGUCUUAAAAUUUGUUUCUGUGUCUGUUUCAUUGCCUUGUUUAUUCUGCUUUUGCUCUAAGAGCACAUGAAUUGUUUGUGCCAUUGUGCUUGAAUUUUUGUCAGUUUUAUUAAAGACUUGUUUUC